AUGGAUACCGUCAAGAACGCCGCCAACUAUGUUGCUGAGACCGUGCAGGGCACUGGUGCCGAGGCUUCUAAGGAGAGCAACAAGCACGUCGCAAAGGACAACGAUGCCAAGCUGAGCACUCGGGCCACCGCUGCCAAGGAUGCUCUUGUCGACAAGAAGGACGAGAAGUCUCACGAUACCAAGGCCGAUGUUCACAAGGAACAGGCUAAGCACUAG